AUGCUGGGGCAGCACCCUGCACAGGGCCCCGGGGAGCGCACUGAGCUCGUCAAGAGGCGCAAAGUGGCGGUGGCAUGCGAUCUAUGUCGGGAAAGGAAGCGUAAAUGCGAUGGAGAACGACCUCAAUGUGGACCUUGUGCGCGACGAAUACCCCCGUCCACCUGCGUUUGGUCCGAAGAGAGAUCCAAGUACGCAAGCUAUAUCGAAUCGCUGGAGUCAAGGAUCAAGCAGCUCGAGAAUUCAACGCGCGACGGUUCGCAUUCUCCCGCGACUGAGGCAGCCGAUCCGUCGCUGGGCGCCACUCCAAGACUGCAUUCCAAACGGGAUCAACCUGGGUUAAUACCGACCGUCGUUGAGGGCCAGUUGCGGCGAGAGGGUGGAGCCGGUUCACGCCUCUCCAUAAAUCGAGCAGGAACUCGAAGGACAGCGUCUCAUUAUGAGCCUGGCGGCGCCACGUCCAUAUCCAAUUUGGCGGGCGAGGAUCAUGGCCAGGAUGCUAGAGGCCCUGGCGUGGAUGCUAUGGGGACUAGCUCUAGCUACAUCAUGCGUCCCGACGGCCCAGACCAUGACACGGCCGACUAUUUCGGGCCCUCCAGUACAUCGAGUUUCUUGGGUCUAGUUCGGCUCGUUAUUAGCAAGUCCAGCGAUCCAUUACGGACGGGACAAUCUCAAGGGGCACCCAACAAACUGGCCGGCCCGUCCAGGACAUCUGAUUCAACGUUGAGAGACAUUGGAUGGAAAUAUAGCAGCACCGCCUUUCAUGUGCCUCCGAGACGAGAGGCGGAGGCCUUGCUCGCCAAUUACUGGACACGGGUGUACACGCUUUACCCCAUUCUCCAUCGUCCCACCUUCACUCGGAGAUACCACGCCCUCUGGCAAGAGUCCCAACCUUUCCAGACGACGCUGGACGACGUGUUGUUCCAUUGCAUGCUCAAUGCGAUUUUCGCGUUAGGAGCCCAUUUUCAACCCGAACUGGAACCCGCCGCGAGGACCGCGAAAAGCGAGUCUUUCUUUCACCAAUGUCAACACCUCUUGACCCUCGAUUUGCUGGCUCAUGGGAACUUGGAGAUGGUGCAAGCCCUUCUCCUCAUGGCCCAAUACCUGCAGAGUACCGACAAGCCAAAUUAUUGCUGGAGUCUGGCCGGACUCGCCAUGCGAAUGGCUCAGGCCAUUGGACUGCACCUUCAAUCGACGGAGAGCACGGCCGCCAAUGGUCAGAAAUGGGAUCAAGUGGAGCUGGAGGUCAGAAGGCGAGUCUGGGGAAUGUGCAUCUUGCUCGACAGGGUCCUUUCGAUGACUUACGGGAGACCCUUGAUGAUGCACCCUCCAAUGACACGUCAGAGCCUGGUGUAUCCGUCGAUGGUCGAUGAUGAAUUCCUGACCCGACCUCCGGAAGCGCCAGGCCGUCAACCGGAAGGGAUUCCCAGCGUCAUUGCCUCUUAUUCGUACACUCUUCGACUACAAGAAAUCCUGGGAGAGAUUCUCUCGGCGUUUUACUCGGGCGAUCAGUCGUCCGGCUCCGGCGCCGCCGGGGGCGAGAAUAAAUCGAUGAAAGAAAACAGCCACUCCUCCCUGGUCAACCGGUUGAAGGCAGGGGACUUUCAGGACCUGUUCAGAUUGGAUGCGAGUCUCAGCAAAUGGCACAAUAGUCUUCCCAGAUAUCUGAAGACCGACCAAGGAGACAUUAGGGGUGAUCCCGAAUGCAUGUACGCAUUUUCCAAUGCUUCUCCGCCGAGUAAUGACGGCAUCAUGCCGUUAUCCGUCAUCUUUUCCCGGCAGGCGAAUGCGUUGUGGACGAGGUGGUUGCAUCUUCGAAUCUUUCUCUUCCGCCCCGCACUUCUUAUUGUGCUCGACAGAGACCAAGAUUCCUUCGCAUUCGGACCCGAUGGAGAGACCAGUUCCGAUCACUCGGUCUUGCACCAAAGAAUGCUCAGGAACUUAGCUGACCUCUGUGUCUCGGCGGCGGAGGACCUCCUCGAUGUCAUCUACAGCGGCAGAGAGUCCGAACAAAGCUCGUUGCCCGCAUGGUGGUUCAAUGUGUUUUGUCAGACCUACAAGAUCCCUUCUCACAUCAAUUAUCGUGGCUAA